CACAUGGACGACGAGUGACGACUCAGGCCAUACGAUUUCAGUUGAUUUCAGUGAUUUCAGUUUGAAGCAGGAUGACGACCCAGGAAAGCACAAUUGAGUGCGACGUAAAUAUUUACUUCAUCGUACCGAGUCACCUGGAAUCCGAAGAUGAUUGCAGCGAGAAAACGUGGCAGGCAUUUAACAAAUGCAAUGAGCUUAGUUUGCGUCCAGAAUGGGUUAGUGAACAGUUUUGCUAUAAUAUGAAACCACAGAAAAACGAUGUAUUUGUUAUAGAGGAAUUUAAAGGAGAAGUGUUUGAAAAACUGAAGAACUUUAAAUGCUCUAGAAUAGUAUCACCGAAAUGUCUGCUAAUUUGUUUUCUAAAUGGAGAAUCAAUACCAGAAGGAAGGAGCCCAAUUUAUACAACAUCCAUGAGAAAAAUGUGCAUUUGUACAUCAGGCUUUAAUACAGAAACUAAGGACUGGAUACAACAACGAGUUGAAUAUAUGGGAGGCUUCUUCACAAAGCAAUUAAGAGGUUCUGUCACACAUUUAAUAGCGGAUUCUGUAAUGUCUGCAAAGUAUGAGAGAGCUAUAGAAAUGGAAAUACCAAUUAUGACGAAAGAAUGGAUAGAAGCUGUGUGGAAAGCAAAUUUGAAGGAGAUUAUUAAGGCUGAUGAUAAGAUUUUUGAUAAAUACAAAUGUCCAGUUUUUAUGAAUCUAAUAGUUACUUCGACAAAUAUUCAAAGACGUCAAAAGGAAGAAAUUAAACGUUUGAUUCAUCAACAUGGAGGAAUAUUCAUGGGUCCUCUUGAUGGAACGAAGGUUCGUGUGGUUCUAGCUACCAAAAAUGGUCCAUUGAGUGAUAAACUAAAGUAUGCAAUGGAAAAUGACAUAGCUUGUUUGACACUUGAUUGGGUAUACGAAAGUAUUAAAAUAGGAUACGCUCUACCUUUCCAUAACUUUAUUAUCCAAUCUGUAAAAGCAUGUUCAACACCGGAAAAAUCAAACACUCAAGAAUUGCUCAACUGUUCUAACAUUAGCUCUAUAACACACGAUAGACGUCACACUAAUUAUAUAAGUGAGAGUUUUUGUUCAACGAUAUCAAAUUAUUCCAAUAUAGAUGCAAUAACUAGUAAACUCUCAACUACCUCUAAGUUAAACGUAUUAGAUCGACUCACUUUCGGCGAAGCAAAAUCAGCUGGACCGUUUCUGGACGGAUGUAAUAUUUAUCUUGCUGGAUUUGUAACAAGUGUCAGAGAUAGAUUGAACAAAAUAUUAAAUGUUGGCGGUGCAACACGAUUCGAUGAUAUAUCGGGUGCUGUGACGCACGUGAUUGUUGGAGACGAGAGUAAAGCAUUCGCAGAACUAAAAGCGAUAAAAUCGGAAGGUUUAUGUCCUUACAUAUUGAAUGUAGAAUGGCUGGAGGAGAGUAUGAAAUUAAAACGGCCUGCAUCAGAAGAACUCUUUUUGUUUGAAGCAAAAGAUGCAGUACCUAAGAAAAACAUUGAGACACCUGCUUCACCGCUCAGUAAAAAGAAUUUACAAAUGUUGCAACAAUCGAAAAGAUCUCUGCCGCCUUUGAAUUUAGAGAAAGUAAUUCCACCCGUGAAUGAAGAUGAGCAACCUGAUCUCGUACAGCAGUAUCUACAAGAGAAUAACGAUCGUAGCAGUGUCAGACAUGAAUUUAUCAAACCACUUACGCCUGUUUCGAAAGACAAAGACCGAGGGAAUUCGAGUAAAGCGAAAAAUGCGCACACCAGUGUGUUGGAUACAACAAAAAAUGUAGAAAAUGAUAACACUAUGCUACUGAGCCAAAGCUACACGGUGAAUGAAAAGUUGUUCAAAGGUUUAACGUUCGUCGUGGCUGGUUUUGAUAGCGAGGACAAUCAUAUAGAGGAGACAAUCGUAAUGUUGGGUGGACGCCUAGCCUCGAGAACCUAUAGCGGUAUCCCGGAUUAUGGUAUUGUGCCUGUGGACGGAUCACUAUUAAAAUAUACAGUUAAUGAAAUUGUGAACGAUUUAUUUAUCGAAGAUUGCAUAAAUCAGGAGGAAGUUGUGGACAUUAUGUAUUAUCACAGGCCAUUAUCUAUUAGAAAACCUUGUAAUCCAUUAUCAGGAUGCGUCAUAACGAUGAGCAUGUAUACUGGGUCUGAACGAAUGUACCUUUCGACACUAGCUAUGAAACUUGGCGCUAUAUGUCAAGAUAUGUUUGCGCGAAAAGCCAAUGUAGAGAAAAAUACACAUGGCAGUACGCAUCUGGUUUGUCCGUCCCCGGAAGGAAACAAAUACAAUGCGGCUGUGAGAUGGAAAUUGCCGGCUGUCACAGCCGACUGGUUAAAAACCUGCGUCGAUGAAUUAACGCUCGUAGAUGAAACUCCGUUUCUCGUCGGAGAAACAAUAGCACCAGUUAGAACGACUAGCGAAAAUCUCUUAAUUGCUGGCGAAAAUAGACCAAGUCCAGCAGAAGAAAUUACAUCAAGAAUGAUUACACCGAAACGUCAUUUAUCUCAGGUCAAGGACGCACUCUCCGUCGAAACUCCAUUAAUAAAUAAAAGACUCAGUCUCGUAAUGAACCAGACACCGCCGUCACCAUUUCACGUGUCCACUCCGGAGAGUCCAUAUGGACAGGUCUUUAAACCUAAUCCUUCUCCUGAUACUCGAAAAGGAUGGAUUAAAUGGACAGAAAAUUUUCCUGAUUUACAAGUAGAAGAACCGCCGCUAAAACGACGCCCACUUAGCACUGAACAUGAAUCAGAUCAAUCAAUGAGACACGAUGAUGAUAAUAAUUCUUUUUCGGAAGGAGCUGAAGAGGAGUCUAACAAAACUACUCCAACUCUUGUCCCAUCCAUCAAUCGAAAACUCGACUUCGACGAAAAAAGUAGCCCAAUAUCAAAAGAAAUAAACAUGCAAAUAGCGCAAUUGGAUCAAGUGCUUCAACGAACGUCCAGUACUCCUGAAAAUAGAUACUCGCUAUCCGGAGAAAAUGCGAAGAAGUACAAUGAAACUUCCGAUCAUAUACAAAAAUGUAUAGUAAAGGAUUCGCAAGCUAUCGACGCCAUUGUAUGGGAGGAUCCGGAUCAUCCAAAACGAUCAAUCUUGGAUAAACGGUCAAGUAACGAUAAUAGCAAUGUGAUUCACGAAGAACAUAUCGAUGAAGACGCCAUAGAAUGUGAACCAUCGACAACACGAAAAUUUAUGCUGUCGGGUAUAAAGGAUAAAAUUGCGUACGAACAAGUGAUAAAAGAUUUGGGUGGAGAUGUGUCUACAGACGCAAAUUUUGAUAGCAGUGCCACACAUCUUCUAUGCAUCAGACUCUCCAGAAACGAAAAAAUGCUUAGUAGCAUAGCUUCUGGAAAGUGGAUCCUGCAUUGCUCGUAUCUACAGGAUUCCAAACGAGAAGGCAGAUUCCUCGACGAGGAAGAAUACGAAUGGGGCAAUCCAAAGAAUAAAAACAAGAUUCCAGAACCAAAUAGCGAGCUCGAGAAUGCAAUCGGGGCUGCGGUUUACAAAUGGCGAUUGAAAUUGCAGAAAGAGUUGUAUGGCCCAUUUUCCAACAUGGUAGCUCUGCUGAUGGUCUCAGAAGAGAAAUAUGAUCAAUUUAAGAGACUGAUCGAAGCUGGCGGCGGUUUAGUCAUGCAAGCAAAACCGCCUUACGAUGCCAGUCCGUCUGGUCGCAGAAUCACACAUUGUUUCGUUAAUGUGAAACAGGUAAACCAGCCUGUAGACUGGGCUAUGCUGGCUAGCAAAGGCAUCCUCUGUUUUUUGCCGCAAUAUCUCAGCGAUUAUUUAACCGCAGUGACGCCGCUCAAUCCGCGAGAGUGUGUACUUCCAGAAUUCAAGAAAUAUCUGGCGCUACUGCCCAAGUAGGAAGACUGAGGAU